AUUGAAGGAAAUCAGGGAAUAGUAAAUAGCAAGGCCGAUUUACACAUUUCAGGGUCAAAUCUGAGCUCUCCUACGCAUCGUCGCCGACCCGCCAAUUCGCAAGAUCCACGUGCAACUUCGCGGCUCGUAAAUCAUAAGACUGGAUGUUCCCUACACGUCGUCCAAGCACGCACCCCAAUCCAGCCCUCGAUCCCAGGGCCAACCACCUCCACCCCCUACCACCCCUGCGGCGACGGCCUCAAGUCCGGGAAACAGCUCGCCCACGCCGGCAGACUCCCACAAUACCCCGCAAACACCGCCGCGCCCCUGGCCCCGGCGUACACCGGAUCCCGCCGCACAAACACGGGCCGCCUCCCCAGGUCCGCGCUCUCCUGCGCCGCCAGCACCUCUACCCGCAGGAUCUUGUCGAAGACGUCGUGCUGCGCCGCCUCGCCAUACACCACGACGCGGCCAAGGCGGGCGCCGAUGUAGUACGACCCCAGCGCCCGACGCAGCGCGGUACGGACAGAGCGCCAGUAAGCCUCAUCGUCGUCGACGGCGGCCGAAGCCGCGAGCCCAAGGGCAAAAUCCACAACCCCCUUCGCGGCGUAGUAGUGCGGCGCGGAGGCCAGGGGGGUGACGUGGGCCGCGAGCGCGGCGUUGGUGAGGAGGACGGAGAAGACGGCGUCGGACCACGGCUCCUCAUCGCCAUCGUGGGGGCAAGGGGUGGUGAUGUUGAGGUUUUCGAGGCCUAGGCACAUCCCCGCGAACGCGGCGUUGAGGGUGGUGACGGGGUACUGGGCCUGGUCGCCGGAGCGGUGGAUGUAGGGCGGCAGCGUGAG